AGCAACAAAUACCACCAAACCCUAAAGCCAAAUAAAAUUAUUUUUAGAGAGAUAAUUAAAAAAAAAAAAAAACCUGUUUCUCUCUCUAGAUCCCUUAAUUCUCCGGAGAUGAAAACCCUGGUAGUGAUGUAAUUAAUAUAUCCUCUUUUUGCUUUUUCGCAUUUGUGGGGUGUCGGUAUCAGAUUAAUCAGGUAUGAGCAGUGGAAGCGCGGGCGGGAGCGGCGCGGCGGCGGGAGGAGGCGGCGGCGGCGGGGGGCCGUGCGGGGCAUGCAAGUUCCUGCGGCGGAAGUGCGUGUCCGGGUGCAUAUUCGCGCCGUAUUUCGACUCGGAGCAGGGCGCCGCCCACUUCGCGGCGGUGCACAAGGUGUUUGGGGCGAGCAACGUGUCGAAGCUGCUCCUCCACAUCCCGCCGCACAAGCGCCUCGACGCCGUCGUCACCAUCUGCUACGAGGCGCAGUCGCGCCUCAGGGACCCCAUCUACGGCUGCGUCGCCCACAUCUUCGCCCUUCAACAACAGGUGGUGAAUCUGCAACAAGAACUCUCUUACCUACAAGCCCACCUCGCCGCCCUCGAGCUUCCGAUUCCGACUCCGGCGCCGCCGCAGCAGCUGUUGGUGCCGGCGUCGCAGUCCAUACUAGAUUUACCUCCGAUCCCGGCGGCUUACGACUUCUCGGCAGUGUGCGGCGAUAUGGCGGUGCCGCAGAUCUCUUCUUGGAGCCUCUAUCCGCGGCAGCAAAUCGAGCAGCGCCAGUUUUCCAGCGCCGCCGCGACGUCCGCUGUUGGAGGAGGCGGCGGCGGCGAUCUCCAAGAACUAGCGCGUGAGCUGCUGAACCGGCAUGCUCCGCCUACCGUGAGAUGCAGGAAUCAGGCUUCAUCUAUGCCGCCCAAUUCUAGGUAGACAAUGAAAAUGGAAAAAGGAAAAAAAAAAAAAAGUUAUAAUUGAAAGUGAUUAGCAAGCUGAUCAAGUAGCUUAAUUUGCUCAACUGAAACUCGAGGGAAUUUGCUCCGUUUCUAUUUUGUUCUUUUUUUUUGGUACUUGCAAGUGGGAAAGUAAGUUUUUAUAUGGUCGAUUAAUUAAUCAAAGGUUUUA